AUGUCCUACCACCCGCACGCCUUUUGGCCCUCCUCUGUCAACCACGACGACGACGUGCCAGACUAUGAGAUUUACGACCCUGCUCGGUCUGUCACCGUAGUCAAGCAUUCCGACGAGUACCAGACGACGGAGUCUGGUUGUGCGCUUGCGGGCUCAACCACGUAUCUGCGUGAUCACCGGGAACUAACAGGACUCAACCUAACGUACCCCGAACCUCACUCGUAUCCUAUCGCAUCCCCAACCGACUCGUACAAUUACUAUCCAAUGUCCUACGCUGCCCCGCUCGAAAGCCCCUCGCAGGAUUAUUCCAGCGAGAGCAUGCAGGUGUACGACCCGGAGGCUGGCACCUACGUGCAAUAUGCCUCCGUCCCCGCCGACUAUGUCGGGCCCGACUACUCGGCGCAGCCAGACCACCUAGCGGCGCCAGUCGACUCCAGUGUCCAGUACGGUUAUGUCUACGCAGAUCAUCUUCCUGCUGCCGACACCAUGCUCCCCUCCCUAUCACCUGGUCGCCCAAUUCCCACCUCCAGCUUCUCCACCCUCGACCAUCCAAGUCACCGUGUGGCCAACCAGGUAGAAAGCGGGCACGACCGCGCUCAACAGGUUGACCAAGGCCAGCCCGUCGCCCACGAGGAGUCGGAAGCCAUCCCCGAAUCGGUGUCCACGGCCGCUUCUGCCUAUAGUCCGGAUAGCGAACAAUGCACGCAUAUGCAGCCGCAGGAACAGCCCGUACCGCCACAUCACCCAACCCACCACGUUCCUUCUCCCGAAGACAGUCGAUCCCCACCAUCUUCGUAUUACAACGUAUCCCCGCACUACCAUGUUCCUUCUGCGUCGUACCAACCCCCCUCCUCAUCUGCGCCGACAUUGCACCUGAACACGGACGUUCAGCGGCCUUCACCACCGCCGAUCAUGGACCACUUACCUUACGCGUACCAAGUCAGGUCCGCCGCUCAGGCCACUCACCAUGAUACCACGCACGCCGCCGUGAAAAUGGAGCCCGUAGAACCUCAUCUUUCGCACAGCCUCUAUAGCAUGCCCUCACCGGCCACGACAUCGACAACAGCGACCCCCGACAACCAGAUCUAUACGCACGUAGCCAUGCUCCCUCGCGCUCCUGGUGCGCUUCACGCCGAGGGAGGCUCACGCUCGACAUUCCGUAUGUCCGACUUUACCAUCCCCGAGUCUCCUUCAACAUACACCCCUCGAUUCGUCGACCCCGAGACGCAGCUGUCAACAUAUGGAGGCGGUCAGUCAGCGGCAUUCGCUAUCGAUCUGACCGGUUCUGUCACAUGCGACGACGGUCACGGAUGCGGGACAACGCCCACGAAGAGGAAGAAGGUAAUGGCCUAUCUGUCAGUCUUUCGCACACUGUACUAA